ACGCUUAUCAUCCCCCCAAAGACCAGCAACCUACCACCAUGUCCAGCGGAAAGAAGCCACAAGGCGCGGGCAACGACUAUGUCCUCCUCGAAUCAUCAGACGGCUACACCUUUGUAGUGUCCCGUAAAAUCGCAUGCGCCAGUGGCAUGCUGAAGAACAUGCUUGAUGAGGAUGCUGCAUUCUCUGAGGCGACGAACAAGGCAUGCAAGAUUCAGCAAAGAGGAUGUAUAUUACUCAAAGUGAUCGAGUAUCUGGCAUACAAGGUCCAGUACCAAGAGUUCAACGCGGAAGAUGUCCAAGAAGAUUUCCAAGAUCGAAUAGAUCCGUACAUUGCGCUGGAACUCUUGACUGCUGCGGACUACUUGGAUUGUUGAAAGUCGGUUCACAUAGUUUACAUGCCCCGCAAUCUGUAUAAUCGUUGUCACCAUGCACGCCCCCGACCCCAUGGUCGGUCUUUGUAUCCCGUA